ACCAGACCCGCUGCCACGACAGGAUUAGAGCUUCGACCUCGUCUCUGGCCUUUGCCCGAGGGCAUUUCGAUUUUUCGGAACGGGAAUUGGGGUCGCAGAAAUUGGUCGCGAGAGGGAGGACGGAGAGGUAGGACGACAUACAAGCUUCGGCUGGAGUGACGCGGCUUCUUUGCUCAGCUGUCGGUGGUUGCAAUCGAUCGUUGGCCAUCAUGUCAGCCCUCUUCAAUUUUCAGUCGUUUCUCACGGUGGUGCUUCUCGUCAUCUGCACAUGCACGUACAUCAAGAUCCACUUUCCAAAAGUUUUGGAAAAGAAAACUGGGUUCCGUGGAUUUUUCUGGAAAGCUGCCAGGAUUGGUGAGCGAUUGAGCCCCUGGGUGGCAGGGUGUUGUCUCAUAAUGGGUCUUUCCAUAUUGUUCUUCUGAGUCACUCUACCCUCCAAACCUUUGAGCUAUACUUUUUGACAUAUGACGUCAGUCGGGGCCUGAAUCGGAGUGACUUGAAAAGCAACGGUGAAGAAACUAGGUUUGGAAACGGUUAUUCUAUCGAGGGAGGGGUAUGUGCAGAAAGUCUUCUACGGAAACACCUCAUUGAUUGGUGAGAUACUUGGGCCUUCAUGUACGCAGGUGCCUUCGGUGUUGUCAGAGUAGCUUACUACACCCUUUAACUCAUGAGCCUGUCUGGAUAGACGUCAAAUGUGCAUACAUUGAUUUUGUGGGUCUGCAAAUGCUCUAUCGUGAGGUCUUCCAAAGUUUUGUGAGAUUUUGUGUUCAUUAAACUUUCCACUGAAGAUUAGUGACUGGCUUUUUUGCUGAUCUGCAGCAAGUUCAUAUCUG